AAAACUUCAUCUCCCAUGAUGCAUUAUUGUUUAGCUUCAUCUGCUGUUUAUGGCGUCAGUCUCAGAGCUAAGGGCAAGUUACGCUCUGACCGAUAGAUAAACAAAUAGUUUAAAGGCGGAUAUUCCUGCUAGCUGUCUCCAGAUUGGCAUUAUGGAGGUGGAGAGUGUCAGCGCACAGGAACAGACACGUCUGACCCAGAGAAGGUUCGAGGCAGCGGUUAAAGUCAUCAAGAGUUUACCCCCCAACGGUCCCUUUCAGCCUUCAAAUGACAUGAUGCUCAAGUUCUACAGCUACUAUAAACAGGCCACUGUUGGACCAUGUAAUAUACCACGACCUGGGUUCUGGGAUGUAGUUGGUAAAGCUAAAUGGGAUGCGUGGAAUUCCCUUGGAGAGAUGCCUGAAGAAGAAGCUAUGGCAGCCUAUGUCGACCAAAUGAAGCUGAUCCUGGAGGGAAUGCCCAUGACUGACGAGGUGGAGGAGCUGCUGCGCGUCCUCGGACCCUUCUAUGAGCUGAUUGAUGAGAAGAAAAAAGUCACGCAGAUAUCAGACUUGAGUACAGGGUUUGGAACGAUGCUGGACACAGUGGGAUCAAAAAGUAUUGCAAAAAGCAUAAUAAGAAACAUGGAGAUGAACGGCACUCUGGAGACUCGGCCCGCCAGGCUCAGAGAGAGUGAAGAAGUCGAAGAGGAAGACGACAACGACGAUGAUGAUGAUGAUGAGGAGGAUGAUGAUGAUAAUGAGGAAGAAGAGAAGGAGGACAUAAUAGAAAUCAGAAAAGCAGCACAGCCCAAGAAGAAAAGUUCCACCAGAAGACACAGAGUGUCCCUCCAGAAUGGUAAACUGUCUAAUGGUGGCUCCCAUGUGGUCAACGGGGGUCAUCCCAGAGACGGCGAUGUGCAGGAAGUCUCAGCCGGGGAGCCUCUGCUGAAUGGACACCAUGCAGAUGCGAGACCCAAUCUGGUUACCAGUGACUCAGACAGUGAAGUCUACUGUGAUUCUGUGGACCAGUUUGGCCAAGAAGAGAACUCGGAACAUAACCGCUCUCUGGAUGACCUGGAAGAAGAGGAGAGUCAACUACGACACGCAGAGGAGGACGUUCAGGAUCCUCCACAGGCCGUCAGGUGUGGAGGAGAAGAGGGGGAGACGGGUGGGACGGUGUCACAGAGACAGAGGCUGGACGUGGAAAUGCCAGAUGGUGCUUCAGCCAGAAGGGGAAAAGGUUCUAGGUCCCCAGGUCCAGGACCUCAGGUCCCCAUGCACAGCAGUGGGGAUGGAGACGGGGAGCGCUGGGGAGGCGCCGUUACACCCGCAGUGAGCCUGAACGAGCAGAUUGUGGUGGCGCUGGCCAGACUGCAGGAAGACAUGCAGAGUGUUCUGGAAAGACUAAGGACCUUGGAGGCUCUAACAGCCAACCAGGUCAGACCAGCCAGUCCUGUCGGUUCCUUGCCUCACACCAACAAUGUUAGACAGGAAUACUGGUUCUUACUGUUGGCUUUUAUUUCAUUUCAUCAAACAGAAUAUUUUUAAACAUUUCCAGCCUUUCAGGCUUUAUUUUUAACUGUUUAAAUAAAUCCUAAAUAUAGUUUUAGUUCCCUACUAACCUCCAACAUGCUCUAUUCAUCUGCUCUAAUUGCUAGUCUGGCCAAAAUAGAUUAUUGUGAAUUUCCAGGUUAAUAACU